UUGAUUAGGAAGAUCGUUAACGCGCCCCCCUAGAAUUUCUUGAGGCGCGCCAGUAGUCUUCAUGUGGGCAGGCAUAGCAAAGAACCUGCGCGCAAAGAAAGAACCAAUCGAUUUGAUGUGAAAUUGUUCGGUGCAUAUGCGUGGUCGUAUAGCUUCAUUUUAACUGUGGUAAGUGUUUAUGAAUGACUGUGUGGCAUGUAAGAUGUCAUAUAGACACGCUCCUUGGGCAAAGCGCUGAAAUAUCGUGUCAGUAUUCAGCGAACGCAAAGCUUUUGAUUCGAAUCAAGUUUUUAGGCAAAAUAGACUUUUACAAAUCCUUCAAACUGGAUCCGGAAACUGAGCUGGUAACAGACUCUAUCUCAGUGAAAAGCUGCGUGGGAGAAAGGUGCUGCGAGCGAGCGAUUAGAGUAACGUUGAAUUUGGUAACAAGUGCUUGUUGGCGACAGACCAGAAACAGAAUAGCGGAAAGAACAGAAAGCAAUAGUCGCGCGACUGCCUAAACCAAUAACGAGAACAUCAUCAUUUAAGAAGCAAGUCCUCGCCAGGAGUAUGCUCACAAUUUAGUAAACAAAACCUGAAGCAAAGCAAAUGACAGCAGUUGACAGAAAACUAAUCAAAGAAAAGGAUCUCUUCUGAGCCAUCAACUGUAAACUGCAUGUUAAUAAACCAUACUUUUAAUAAAGCAUAUUUAACUUUGUCUGUGCAAAUAGACCUUGAUGUACUUAUGAUAGGACAUCAGAAUCUUCAUUAAAGACAAGUAAACUGCCAGUUGAUUUGGUAAAUAUUGAUUCAAGAAAAGAAAUAUUAUCACAUCCAUACGCCAGCGGCAAUCAAGACUGUAAGCCUUAUUAUAAAAAAAGCAAAGGCUGAUAUUAAUUAACAUUGACGAGCAUAAAACAUCAAGUCGAGUGAUCAUCACAACAAGAUUAGUAAGCACAGCCUGUAACCAAAAACUGAACAUUUAAAGCCUUGGAAACAGGUUUUGCUGUGAACUGAAGUUCUUCUCGCGAGGAAUUCACAAACACACCACCAAUUGACUUUCUUUUGAUCUUGAUAAAGAAAGAGAUAUUAGAAAACUUGCAAGAAGCACCUGCCCACGUCAUUGUUGAAUCUACGAUAUUACGGGUUUUAAUAAGAAAUACAUUUGAAUCUAUUCACAUACGAAUAAGUGCAUGCUGAGAAAGGUCUGACUUUCUUGUGUUUACUCAAAGCAAAGGCGCUAGAGAUACCUUGGGUUUGAUUGUAGUCUUUAGACUUCUAAGGAGACAAAGUCUUAUGCAGACAAAUACAGUGAAAGUCAAUCAACGAGUGGUAUUUACUGUUCAUAACAUCUCAGCGUGCAGAGGGACUCAAUAUGCUAAGCAUUGUGAUCUGAUCUGCCAUACUAUUUACGGUGUGGCUAUUAAAGUCUGUUUACAAACUAACAGAAGCUUAAUGGAAAUCUAUGGCAAACCUUCUUCGCCUGCAAAUUAACUUUCUGGUAAGAACAAGUGUUAAUCGGCAAACUGAUUAACAAGGAAAGCGAAAAUUUACUUGCAGUGUUAUUACAGCAGAUUGAAAUUUUGAUAGUCAAAAGCGAGAAAAUUGGUUACUUUGUUCAAAACAGUGAAGAAGCCAUUCACUGCUUGGCAAUCAAGAAGAAAACUGCGAUGCAAGACGGCAUAGUUGAUUCAUGAAAAUUCUGAUUUAUCAGAAAUAUCGUCGUCUUAAAUUUUCUUUGAUCAUUGAAUUUAUCUACAAGUAAAAAGCCGAUAAACUAAAAUUGACAAAAGCUUGCUUUGCAGCAGACCGCAGACUAGCAAUCUGAAAAGAAGAUUAGUUGCCAACCGUCAGCUUGCUAGCAAUACGAAGCAGGAGAUUGAAAAGUAGCAACCGUGGAUGUGUUAGGCCAGCGAUAUCUAGGGUGAAAUUUCGCUUAGAUGUGUGAUGCUGCAAAAAGGAUUCACAAAUUAGCAGAUUUUGAAUACAUUCUGUUUGCAGUUGACGGCUUUUGGUCUGUUUAUCUACUUUUUGAAAGAUUUAAGCUCUAUACAUGCUACAACAAAUGUUUUUGCAAAUCAUAGAAAUUUGACUGAAACUAUUUUGAUAUUCAGACAACGAGCUACCAUGAACGGAUCUAAUUACUCCCAGCCAGGGAACUAUGGGUAUGAUACAAACGACUUCGAGACACAUCAGGCAAACGAGGCUUACGAUCAGCAUCUAAGAGAGGUCAUGCAGCUUCAAGGAGAGAACUAUCUUGAAUACGACAACUAUGGUCAAGGCAUUGAUCCAUAUGCUGGUCAGUAUUCUGCAUCAAAUGAGCCGCAGUUUCAAUAUCAAAACACGGACUAUAACGACCUUCAGCAGGCGGCAUAUCAAGACUACCACCUAACUGAUGCUGACUCUGUGCAUCAAAAUAUAUCUCCCGGUGAAUAUGCACCGCUAUCGCAAAAUAUCUCACCAGCGAGCUUCUCUUCUGAUGGUAGACAAUUCUAUCAAGAAAGCACGCCGGAAAACGUAGCGAACAUCCAACUAGAUUUGCAAAUCAGACAGCAAAACAGGACAAUUAAUGUAAAUGAUGGAUCUCCAUUUCAAAACAUUGAAAAUCCAUUUGCCAACCAAAAUACUCCUAAACAUGUAACUGCUAACGUAGGAACUGAAGUCCCCAAUUCGGUCAAUGGUAUAUUUGAAAUGGAGGGUAGCGUUGAGCCUAAUGGGCCUAUUCUAGGAGGACAUGGGUACAUACCUGCCCAGACUAUGCAAAAGGCCUAUUAUGAGCUUGGUGAAACUCCCGAAAUAAAAGCUGCAUGUUUACGGGGCUUCAGACAACAAAUUGACAUUCACCAAGAAGAGAACAAUUUCGACGAGCACAGCGAUGCAUUCUUGCUUAAGUUUCUACGAAGCAGAAAAUUUGAUGUCGAAGCAGCAUAUUCUUUACUUGAGAAAUAUUACAACGUCAGGGAAAAUAAGCCCGAAGUUUUUCGAAAUUUAACUCGAAAAAACGUGAAACGAACAAUGGAACAAGGCAUUGUAGGUGUACUGCCGCAAAGAGACAAAAAAGGGCGAGUUAUAAUGACAUUCAAUUUCAGCAAAUGGAAUAUGAGUCUAGCUUUUCAUUUUGAGAAGCUCUUAAGAGUGUUUGUUUACACACUAGAAAAACUUUUCGAAAAUGAAGAGACGCAAAUCAACGGAGUUGUUAUCAUAUGCAAUUUGACUCAGCUCAGCGUUUUGCAGACAAAAAGUUUGGGAGCACCAAUGAUAGAUAAAGUGCUGGAAAUAUUCGAGGGUAAUUUUCCAUUCCGCCUAAACGCAAUCCACUUGCUGAAUCCACCAUGGCACUUCAAGCUUCUUUGGAAAAUGGUUGAUCCGCUGAAGAAAAUAAAGCAGAAAACGGCUCGAAGAAUAUUUAUUCACGAUGGCGAUCUUAGCCGGUUUCAAGCCGAGUUUGAUCCGGAAAUUCUACCGAAGGAGCUAGGUGGGAAAUGCCCGCCUUAUGACAAUUCGUUGUGGGUGAAAGAGAUUCUAGAACCAGAACAGAGCCAGCAGGUACAGAACCAAAAAGCACAGGGUCUCCAGCCCCCAUCAACCCCAAGUCUACGCAGAUCCCCAACCCAGACGCGAAAAGUAUCAACAAUGAAGAAAUUGGAACUAUGAUGGAAAAAUGUUGAAGAAAAAUGAAUAUUAUUAAGCUUAUUUACCUACUAUUUGUAAAUAAAGAGGAUAUUUCUUGAAGGCGCCAGCUGUUAGGUAGAAAAAUGUUGACUAUUCUGCAUUCGGAUGAAAUGUGAACAGCUUUUGUUAAAUUUGCGACUAUGGUGUUUCAAAAUUCUUCAAAAAGCUUAAAUUGUUCUAUAUGUGAAAAAUUCAAAGGCAAUCCUACUUAAAACACAAACGAAGACAUUUUAAGAUGAGUUUAGUAUAUCAGCCUGUUGCCAAUUUCCCCAAAUUUAGCCUAACGUAUAAAUAUGUUUAGACAUCCUUGGCAGCGUGGUCGUAAAAAUUCAAUCCAAUCCCAGAAUGAUUUUUCCUUUCCCAGAUGCCUUAAUUCCAUUCCCCAAAGCAAAAAAUCAAGCCCCAUUUCCCGGUUUGCUCCUUUGGUGCUCUCUAUGAAGGGUAAAGGUUCCCAACUUGAAGAAAGAAGGGAAAGCCAUCUUAUUUGGUGCCAUGGUAGCCAGUUCCUUUCCUUGCAACUUUUAGAUUAUCAAGCAUUGCAUCUACAAUACUUGCCAGUACGGUUGGAAAGCCUUCCCAUGUAAACACCAUGUUAACAGACAAAGCGAGUCUAAAACAACCUUAUCAAUGAAUCGCUGUUGCUUCCAAAAUUUUGAGCACCUCCCCCGCACAAUGUUGUUUCUUAAUACCUUCGCACAACUCUCAGUGACAGCAAAAUUGAACAACAUUGUGACGAAAGCUAGAGAUGUGGGGGGGGGGGGGGGGGGGGG